AUGAAUGAUGUUAGACGUCAGUCACUGUUUUUCAGUAGUCUGCCUGACCUGCAGAAGCUUUAUGCUGUGAAGAUUACAUUGAGUUCUCAACUGGCAGCAACUGAAAUUAGAACAGAACAAUGGAAGAUGUGCAAGCAACUCCUGCUGCUGUGUCAAGGUAUAAUUUCUUCGCCUGUUCCUGGAACAUUGAAUCAAAUUUCAGUGAUUAUGACGAUACCCUUUUACAAAUCAGGAACAUUUCAAGCUUAUAUAGAUAAACAUGGAGCUACAGUAGGAAUGCCAGAAAGAGUUACCCCAACUAUCUUUCAAGUCUGCCUUUCUUAUACUCUUAGAGCCAAACUUGCCCCUAACUGGAACCAAGCUGGUCACUUGUUGAUACAAGGGAGAAAUUUUUUAUCACAGAUGGGAAAGCAAAAUGCAGUUGUUGUGGAUAUUAGUGUAUCCGAAACUCAACUUUGCAUCAGUGUGGAAAUAUGCAGGAUAUGUUCAUCACCACCUGAGCUUGAAGAUUUUGAUAUUUCAACAAACAUCAUAAAGAACUUUAACAACGAUACUACUGCAGUCAUUUCAGAAGGUUCUAUUUUAAGUAAUUGGUGUUAUGUUUUACCAAGUAUGAAAAUGGGUCAGAUAAUGAGUAUCAGUCAUUUAAUUCCACCUGAUUCUCCAUUUCAUUCAUACAGUGAUUUACAGUUGCACUGGGAAAAUCUGUAUGGCUACCUUCUGCCAGAGGAUUCCCAGACGUACUUCAGCAUUUAUUUUAAACUAAUAGGAGAGCAAUUCUUUACAUAUCCUUUCAGUUGCAUCAGAAGUCAGCCCAUACAGUACUUUCCUAGAGCAGAUUUAGAAGCUAUUUUAAAUUCUUUUGUUACUGAUCUGAAUGCUGUCAUUCCUCAUAUAUGUGGAUUUCCUUUUAAGGUGACACAGAAAGCAAUGUGUACUACAAACAAUUUUAUAAUGGCAUCUGUACAGAAAGCAAACUCUAAACCAGCCAACCUUACUGUAGGAAGGAACUGCAAGGUACCUUUGACUCAAGUAGUUCCAAAGAAAGGUAUUUCAAUUUAGGCAUGUAAUACAAAUAAUAGCCACAAGGUGGAGCUUAAAGUCAACCAUCUGAAAACUGAUAUUUUCUUUAAAUUACAUACUUCUGCAGAUGAUGAGCAUGUUGGAGUAGGAAACAAAAAAAAUAUUGGACAACAGUGGAAAACAUCAGAAAAACCUGGUUCAACAUUGAAAUCAAAUGACGCCAAGAGAAUCAUACCCAUUUUCAAAGGAAAGUUAUUGCAAGGGGAUAGGCAGUUCACUAAAAGAAUCCAUGAAAAGAAAAGAAAAAAUGUUUCAAAAGAUUUAUCAAAACUAGUAACAGAUCAUGCAAUUUCUAAAUCAAAUGUAUUCAGUUCAAAUGCAGAUCAGAUUAACAAAUCACUACCUGAUACAUCAUUUCAAAAUGUUAUAAAUAAAACUGUUUCUCAGAAGGUGAGAAAAAAUAUUAGAGCUAACAAAUUUCUAUUAAAAGAAGAAAAUAAAGAUGUUGGGUAUCCAUUAAACUUCCCUUUACUUAAUGGAACAAUUUUAACGAAACAUUCCAGCAAAACCAAAGCUACAAAGCUACAUUUUUCUUUGAUAUCUGCUGAUAACCAAUCAAAGCAUCACACAGCAAGCAUCUGUCAGCUUUCAAAUAAACCUGCACAUCUCAGUGCUGGUCAAAAUAUUCUGUCGAAGAAAACUAAUGAAAUAGCUGAAGGAGCUUUUAGAGUAUUUCAAAAUCGGAUACAAAAUCCAAUGAAGGAAACAAAAACAAAUGCUUACAGAUUAACCAGUUCAGGAUUUGAAAGACUGACAAUAUCCAAUAAAUCCAAAAGAAAAAGAGAUUGGAAGGAACCAGUGUACUAUCAAGACAUCACUGAGACCUCAAGCCCUCAUCUGCAGGAAAAAGAACAAAGCUAUGCAAAACCUAAGAAAUCAAGAACCAGUAAAUCAUCAAAGUAGAAAAAAGAUGCAAAAGAGAAAAUAAACAGCAGGUUUGUGAAAACUAUGCCAUGAAAGGGUGGUGGUGGUGUUUUCAUUUAAAACUUGAAGUAUUUAAUUCAUAUUGUGUUUUUCCUGUUUCAUGAUUGAAUAAUUUAUGAUUAGAAAAUGGCCAAGUUCCAAUUUCUUUCCCACAGCAGUCAAGAAACCAUAUACAUUCAAACAGACAAAUAAGUCUCCAAUUCGUGCAUAGAAUCCAACUCAUACAACAUAGUUAUUCUAUGUGUAAAUUAAAAUUACUGAUUAAAUUUCUAAGCUGCCAAUAACGGAUAUUCUCUGAGCAAAUACGGUAAUACACAUGCUUAUGAAAUAUUUGCAUUGAAAAUAAUGAAAACAGUAAGGCAAUAACCUCCACUAUAGUUCUUAUGUUCUGAAUGUAUAUUUAGUAUGACCAAACAGACUGCUAUUAUUCAUAUGCAAUGCUAACUGUUCUACAUCCCAGCAGAAAGAAAACCAUGAAGUUUUUGGUGCAGAUAUACAAUUUGAAUUAUCUGCAUUAAGAGGAAGAAUGAAAUAGGAUUCUGGUUUAUUUUAUUCAAAUCCUGGCUUAUCAUUCAAUUUAAACCAGGAAUUAUAAUUAUAAUAAAAUUGUAAACAUAUUGGUCAUCUGCCAACUCCAAUCUAAGGCAGCAAUGACAGGAAAAGGUGAAGGACUGCAGGUGCAACAAGAGUUUUCCACUUUCACUCUAAAGCAUAUAUUCAAUUGUCCGCACAUGUCAUGAAUUGUGGUUUAUUUACUAUUUCCUAAUGGGAUGAAAAAAAACCUCCAAUAUUUGUUCACUCAACAAAAGUGAUUUGAAAUAGUGUUUUUGUUCUUGCUGUUGUUGAAAAGAUAUUUUUUUGUUAAAAGCAUGAAUUUAAUUCUUAAUACUUCCUUUAAAAGUUAUUAUUCAGACUGUUUUUAUUAAUUUUUGAAGAUUUUGUUUCAU